UCCAGUCGAGCCAAGAUGGCGGACUUUGAGGAACAGCUUACCGACGAGGAGAAGGUCCGCAUUGCUGCAAAUUUUGUCAUCCAUGCUCCCCCUGGAGAGUUCAAUGAAGUCUUCAAUGACGUGCGGCUACUGCUCAAUAAUGACAAUCUGCUCAGGGAAGGGGCGGCUCAUGCCUUUGCCCAGUACAACAUGGAUCAGUUCACACCUGCUAAACUUGAGGGACAAGAAGAUCAGGUUUUGAUCACUGAGCAUGGAGACAUCGGACAUGGCCGGUUCUUUGACCCUCGCAAGAAACAGUCAUUCAAGUUUGACCACCUGAGGAAAGAGGCGAGUGACUUCAAGUCCUUUGAAAGCGAGGCAGCUCUCAGGCCGUGGAGGGAUGCUUGCGACGAAGCUUUGAGGGCAUACGUCAAAGACCACUACCCCACUGGAGUUUGCACUGUUUAUGGGAAAACCAUCGAUGGACAACAAACGAUCAUUGCCUGUAUUGAGGGUCAUCAGUUUCAACCCAAAAACUUUUGGAAUGGGCGCUGCCGAUCGGAAUGGAAGUUCUCCAUUUCUCAGCCCAAUGCUCAGGUGGUUGGAGUGUUGAAAAUCCAGGUUCAUUACUAUGAGGAUGGCAACGUACAGCUGGUCAGCCACAAAGACGUUCAGGAGUCUUUGAUUGUCUCUAAUGAGAGCCAGACCGCCAAGGAGUUUGUCAGAAUCAUCGAAAAUGCUGAAAAUGAAUAUCAGACGGCCAUCAGCGAGAACUACCAGACCAUGUCUGACACCACCUUCAAGGCCUUACGCCGGCAGCUCCCUGUCACCCGUACCAAGAUCGACUGGAACAAAAUCCUCAGCUACAAGAUCGGCAAAGAGAUGCAGAACGCUUAGACACAUGGCAUGCCGCCAAUCCUGCUCGCGUUACAAGCAAAGAGACAAGCUAAGAGGGGCUCAUAUAUAAACUUGAACCUAAACCUGAGUUAAGGGGCAGGGCCAAGACAGAUGGUCCUUUGAGAAGUGUGCUAAAAAAUGUCUGUCCUUUAUUUUUUGUUUUCCAAAAGCCACGGUUUGACCUCAUCUGAAGAGACUGCCUUUUCUGUAUUGUAGGAGGCUGUCAAGCUUGUUUUAAUGGGUUUAGCAAAAGUUUUUGCUGUUGAACAAAUACCUCCCAUGACACCAUUGUACAGAGUCAGAAAUAGCCCCCCUAAUAUCACGCAUACGCACCCCAGAUCACAGCUUCAAUGCUUGACACACACAGUUUAAUGCUGCUUUGCAGCUGCACUUAUCCCAAAUGAUCAAUUGAGCCAGAGUUUUUUUGUUUACUUAAUUCUGCAACUAAAAAAAAAAAUAAGUUCUCUUUCGAGUUGAGUCAGAAGGUUUAAUUAUUUAAAGGGAUAGUCCACCCAAAAAUUCAAAGUCUGUCAUCAGUGAAUCACCCUCAUGUUGUUUUAAACUCGGAUGACUUCAUUUGGAACAACAUGAGGGUGAGUACAUGAAGACAGAAUUGUCAUUUUUGGAUGAACUAUCCCUUUACCAAUAUGUAGCCUGUCAAUGCUCUCUGCUCUUUUUCAACACAAUAAUUGUUGUCAGGUACCAUCAUGUAUGAAUGUGAUGUCAGUUGAUCACAGAGAGGGUUGUGCCAAAGUGAGCAUUGUAUUUGUACAAGAAGUUAUUUCAGGUUACUGUUCUGUGUGGAAACGGUCCCAUUGUUGUCCCACUCUGAUUUCCAAGAAUGGUAUAUAUACUGUAUGCAGUUACACAAAAUAUUUGUUACCCCUCACUUCAACAUCCUACCCUAGCUUUUACUGCUAAAUAUUUUUUACAAAAUGUAAGAACAAAUAUGAUCCCAGAGGAAUAAAUGAUUUGC